AUGGCCAAUGAGACGUCCCCUGCCUGUGUCAAUCCCAUUCUUUGGGAAGACUUGCCAGAUAUGGAAGUCAUCCGCGUCGACGACGUCUACUACAUGAGCGCAUCGUCUUUUCACUUUUCACCCGGUGCACCACUUCUGCGGUCAUACAAUCUUGUAGACUGGGAAUACAUCGGCCAUUCGGUCCCAGACCUGGCUGCCCUUAGCCCCAAGUUCCGACUCGAUGGCAAGAAUGCUCUCGGCUACAUCAAGGGCGUCUGGGCGUCGACUCUCAAGUACCGAAAGAGCAACGGUUUGUUUUACUGGUAUGGCGCUAUUCAAGGCACCAAUGAGACUUUCAUCUACACGGCCAAGAACCAUAGUGGCCCAUGGACCGCGCAUCCUCCUAUUGAGCACUACUACUACGACUGCGGUGUACUCAUUGACGAGGAUGACUCUUUUUACAUGGCCUAUGGAACAAAGACAAUUCACGUUGCCAAACUAUCCCCUGACGGACUCAAGCAAGUUUCAACUCAACCCGUGCAUGAGUCGGAGCAUUUUCUUGAAGGUGCUCGAAUGUACAACAUCAAGGGAAAAUACUACAUCUGGCUGACAAAGCCUUGGGCUGGACAAUACGUUCUCAAGUCUGAGUCGGGACCCCUCGGGCCCUAUGAGUGCCGCAACGUCGUUGGCAGCAUUCGGGCCCCGAUUCCGGGUGCCGGACCGCCACACCAGGGAGGUCUGGUAGAAACGGCGGAUGGCAAGUGGUACUAUAUGGCCUUUAUCGAUGCUUUCCCCGCUGGACGCAUCCCAGUUUUGGCACCUGUCGAGUUCGACACCGAGGGGUGGCCAAGUAUUGUGGCCGAUUAUCCUGAUGAGCACGGACAAUGGCGGGUGGAAUACCCCCCUGCUGUUGAGCACUGCCGCGCCGAGAAGCCCAAGACAUGCUGGAGAGAGCAUUCCUUCAACGGCAACGAACUGGAACAUUGCUGGGAAUGGAACCAAAGCCCUGACAACUCCAAGUGGAGCAUCCAAGGCAAUCGGUUGAUUCUCGAAACUGCCGCGGUCACCGACUGCCUCUAUCUGGCGCCCAACACCCUCACCCAUCGGACUCUGGGACCAAGGAGCACGGCCACCCUUUGUGUCAACUGGUCCAAACUCAAGGAUGGAGACAGAGCAGGAGCAUCAAUCUUUCGCGAUCACAGCGCUUAUAUCGGCAUUCAUAAAGACGGCGACGAGGCGAAGUUGUUGGUCAACUGGCUGGACGGUCGACCAGUUGCAGGGGAUUGGGGAGUCACUUCAAAGGGUUAUGUCAAAGCAGAGGUACCAUUGGCGCAGCAACGAGUAUGGUUGCGAAUCCACGUCAAUAUCGCAGCCGCAUGCGUUGACGGAUAUGAGAAAGAGCCCAGAGAAGCUACAUUCGAGCAUAGUUUCGACGGAGCCAGCUUUUCACGUCUAGGCUCUGAUUUUACCCUCGUCAAUGCGGGUGAUGGUUGGAUUGGCUAUCGUUUUGGUGUGUUUAACUUUGCGACAAAGGCUUUGGGAGGACAGCUGGCGGUGGAAUCCUGCACGAUUGAGAAAUGA